GUAUCAAACACAUCUCUAAGAAUCAGGAACUUUCUACAAAAAGUAAAUACAGUCCCCAGCCACCUCUUCCAAAACGAACAGGGAACAUUAGGCUUACUGUGUAAUGUAAAAACUGGACAAGCUGGUGGAGUGAAAGGAGCCGAAGCCUUUCAGCUGUGGAAAUACAGAUUUAAGAAAAAAGGAAAGAAGAGUGCCGUGGAGAGCUGCACCAAGUGAUGCCAUGCGCUUCUGAAAGCUUCAGAGUCGCCCCGGAAAUAUCGCUUGGGCCUGAGACUUCGCUCUGAAGGCCUGCAGAAUGGAAGGCUAUCUCAUCAACCCUCAGACAGAAGAAAUGAUCUACGAUCCAGAAAUGUACCGCCCUUCAGCUCACGACUACUACAACUAUCUGAGCAGCGACGGGGAUAGCCACGGAGAGCACUGCUGGGACUAUCAUGCACAUCACUUGCACAAUCCGGAGUUUGAAACCUUCCCUGAUAAUCACUUUACUGAACUACAGAGUGUUGCCCCUGUGCACCUGCAGCAACUGCACCGCUACUCGGACAUUGACCCCAUGCACGCCAUAGACCCAGGACUGGGAGGCGCGAACCUGGCAAUAACUCCACAGGUACAGUACAUACAGAAGUACUGCCUGGCCUACCCUCCUGUGGUCCAACCCAGCUCAGAUGAGGAGGACCUAGAGAGAAGAAGCCCCCCUUUUGAGGUUUCUGAUGGAGAGAAUGACCUGACAGAACACAAUGUGUGCAUGAGCAAUGCCGAAGCAGGCAGCAAAAAGAAGAUCCGUUUGUACCAGUUCCUGCUGGACUUGCUGCGAAAUGGGGACAUGAAGGAGAGUAUUUGGUGGGUGGACAAAGAGAAAGGAACAUUCCAAUUCUCAUCCAAACACAAGGAGAUUCUAGCCCAUCGCUGGGGGGUGCAGAAGGGCAACCGCAAGAAAAUGACGUACCAGAAAAUGGCCAGAGCACUAAGGAACUACGGGAAGACAGGGGAGGUGAAAAAAGUGAAGAAAAAGCUAACAUACCAGUUCAGUGGGGAGGUUCUGGGCAAGGCACCCACUGAGCGGAAGAUGUACCCACAUUGACAGAGUUGACCGUCCCUUUGUAAAGAACAAAUGUGUGGACUCUCUGGGUAGCAAAACAAGGACUAAACCAUUUAUUCUUUUUUUGUUUUAAAUUAAAAUCAAAUAUAUAUUUAAUUUUAUUCUACUUCCAGUAAGUAUCUGAUUUCUCCAGAACCUUUUGGUGGUAAGUACAGUAAGCCACUUUCAACUUUUGUGAAACUAGCACUGUGCAGCAAAGCACAGCAGUUUAUGGAUUACCCUGCAGGACAUUUGAAUCUAUGGUUUGUAUCACAUGGACCCUCAUUUUUCUUGUAACAUACCCCGACUAUAAAGUUGUGUAUCCAAGAUUCUAGGACUGUUAAGCUAAAUUUGUCAAAAUAUGUAAGUCACCAUGAUUGUUGGGUUGGGAUUGCUAGCAGAGAAUUUUGUCUCUAAUCCAUGAAGAUUGAUGGCAUAUACCUGUCAAUAAUUUCUCCAGCAUGACCAUUUAGGCAUCGUUCAGAUUCUGUUUUCAGGCCCCUGCUUCUUUCUGCAAGUUUGGAUAGCAGCCAUCUUCACAUUUCCUGCAAGACAUCUAGACUGCUGGGAUAUACCCCUCAAGUUUUGUUUUGUCUUACGUGGAAUCUCAAGUUAUUGUAUUUAUAUGAUAAGAUGUUUAGAAUUUUAUGGGAUGUUGGACAGUCUAAAUUCACUUGUAAGACACAGGACCUUUUCUAUAUCUUUCGGACUCUGAAGCAUUGAGAAUAUUUAGCUAUUUCUGAUGGAUUCUGAUUUGCCUUUUAAGUCUCUACAUAUAAUGAGUAUCAUCUGACAGACUCUCCUUUCAUUCUUGGAUAUGGUCUUUUUAUGGGAUGUAUUGCCCAGUGUCUGAAGUUUUGUUAAGGACAUGUUUAGCUAUGCCCUUAAAUCUCUCAUUACAGGGUGUAGAGAACGUUGCCCUAUUCGUGGAGACUUGCGGGUUUUGUCUGUCAGAUUUAGAAUUCCCUUGUAAGAUAUUUCAACGGUUCAGCUAUUUCUGUCAGAUCCUCAUUUUUCUUGUAAAAUUCGAAAGGGGAAGUUGAACCUUGUUGACCUAUUUGCUCAGAACAACAACCAGCCCUAAACCCUUUUUUGCACCUUUUUCUUCGAUAUUAAACAUAUGUAUUUUUUGUAAUUUCAUGAGCAUAAAAGAAAAUGAAAAACAUGCAUUUUCCCACCAAGAUCAAACUUUUCUAAAACACACUAAAAAUCUCAUUGAUUUAGCUCAUGCCAAACAACAAAAUUAUACUUAUAAACAGUAUAGCUUUAAAAUAUUAGCUUUUCUGAUACUUCUCGCCAGUACAUGUAUAUCACACGUACUUACAGUAUAUUAUUUAGCUAUUUUUGUUCAUCAUUUUCUAUUGCUCUUCAAGAGAGAACAUAUGAAGCGGAUGCACAUCUGUUGCACAGCUGUUUGUGACUCCCAAAAUUUCACCAUGUAAGUAAAAGAAAAUUUGACUUAAUAUUAAAGCACUGAGUACUUCAUGAGAAGAAAUAGAGAUUAAUAUUUUAUUUACAAGACUUUUUGGACUUGAGUAGAGGAAUAAGUAUGUUUAUAAGGUACAUAAGGGUGUCAUGUGGGGUAUCAAUGGUGAACAAGGGGUAGACUAAGCUUAGUAAAGUAUAUAAUUUUUUAAAGACAACGGAAACAAAAACAGUUUGAGUGUCAGCACAAGGCUGAGUAUGUGUUAUAAUGAGCCCAAAUGUCAAAAAUGAUAAACCUAUUGAGCUAUGCCUGUGAUACCUAGAUACCACCUGCAAAAUUCAAAAUCAUUGGACUUUGUCUCACGGAAUUUGAUUUCACUGGAUUGUUGGAGUGUGUCUGUUUGACCCUGAUGUUUUCUUCUGAUUUAUUUUUUUCUUUCAAUGACAUUCUUGGUGCAUUUCACACAGUGUGAUUUCUCCUCCAGGAUGGUUUGGACUGUAAUUGCAAGGUGCUGGCCUCCCCAGCAAGGCAAAGGGAUAUUUGGACAUGUCUGUUGUUCGUGAGAGACCCCAAGACUGCUGAAGUAUGUCCUAAAGACUGCAGUUUCUUUGGUAGUACCUCAGUAAUGUUACAUUAAAUUUGGGACAGUUUUGGUAUUCUUUCAGUUUUGAUGUCUAAAGUUGUGCUGGAUUUUCAACUCAGUGGCUGGGAUGCAAACUAUAACAAUCGUAUUUAAACAAUUGGGCUUUUGUAUAUAUUGUAGCAGUGAUGAUGUAGAAAACGUGAAAGGGUUGCAGGCUGACAUGGAGUAGCUUGCACUCAGCAACAAUAUUUCCUAAUUUAUCAUUAUCGCCUUUUUUUGUAGAGAACAAGCAUUAAAUACAGCAAAGUGUUUCCUUAUGGGUUUGCCUUUGUCUUCUCACUAAUAAAAAGAUUUGUGUUGUGAA